GGCGGGCGCGCUGUGUCGGCGGCGGAAAAGGCGCUGUUGCCCUUCCCUGCCGCAGCCCUGGAGAAGCCCGCGGUGUCCGGCGGCCCUGCCAUGGAGGAGAGCAGCGGCAUCCGCCUGUCGGCCGAGUGCCUGGACGAGCCGCCCAACAGCCGCGUCUUCGUGGUGCUGGGCAAGGACACGGGCGAGGCGCUGAUCCGGGAGCGCUUCUCGCCCUUCGGGGACAUCCAGAACAUCUGGCUCCUGCGGGACAGGCGCACCAACGAGUCCCGCGGCAUCGCCUUCAUCAAGUUCGCCCGCAGCUCGCAGGCCUGCCGGGCCAUGGAGGAGAUGCACGGCCGCAGCCUGCUCCCCGACAGCAAGCCCAUCAAGGUGUUUAUUGCACAGUCAAGAGCUUCUGGAAGCCACCGAGAUCUUGAAGAUGAGGAGCUCACACGAAUCUUUGUUAUGAUACCAAAAACCUACACGGAGGAGGAUCUGCGGGAGAAGUUCAAGAUGUAUGGAGACAUUGAAUAUUGCAGCAUCAUUAAAAACAAGACUACUGGAGAAAGUAAAGGUUUGGGCUAUGUCAGGUACCUGAAACCAUCGCAAGCUGCCCUAGCAAUUGAGGAGUGUGAUCGAAGCUACAGGGCCAUUUUGGCUGAACCGAAAAACAAGUCAUCUGAGUCUUUUGAACACGAUUAUUACAGUAAUGUCAUGAGACCAGAACUAAGAGGAAAUACGCUUCCAUUUUGUAUGCAGCCAGAAUAUUGUAGCUUUGAAAAAGCUGAGACCCGAAUUCAAGAGCCAGUCUCGAAGCGCCUGUCGGUGGUGUCUCGGCUCCCCUUUAUUCAAGAGCAGCUGUUCGCCCUCUUCGAUUUAGUUCCAGGUCUGGAAUAUUGUGAUGUGCAGAGAGACCCUCAUACCAAUAGUGGGUACGCUGUGAUUCAGUACAGCACUGCUGCCUCAGCUAUAUAUGCCAAGUACAAACUGCAUGGCUUUGAGUAUCCUCCUGGAAAUCGACUAACUGUCAUUUUCCUAGAAGAUGGGAAUGACAGCUCAGACCUGAUCAGGAAGAUGGCGACGCAGCUGGUGACGGCGCAGGUGUCGUCGGCGCUGCGCGGCAGCGGCGCCAUGGUGCAGCAGUACAGGACGCCUCCUCAAGCAUUUGGAGGAGCUUCUGCCCCACAGUUGCUGCAGCCCCAAACAGAUGCCAUACUUCCACCACCCAAAAAAAAAGUUCCACCUGACACUUCUGUGAAGGAAAGGCUUUUCAUACUUUUUCAUCCCCAUCCUUUACCAGUAAAUGUACUGGAGGAUGUGUUCUGUCGUUUUGGACAAUUGAUAAGUGUUUAUCUUGUGGCUGGAAAAAAUGUGGCCUAUGCAAAAUUUGCAGACAGAGCAAGUGCCAGCGAGGCCAUAACUGCAUUGCAUGGCAAGAUUGUGAAUGGUGUGAGGCUGAAGGUGAGGCUGGCAGACUCACCCUCCGAGGAGCCCAACAAGCGCCAGAGAACUUACUGAGCAGAAACUAAGUAAUGACAUGACCCUCAGCUAGCUGACUGACUGACUGAAAACGUGACUAGACAUGGUUCCUGUGGACAGUGACAGCUUUUUUCAGUGACAACUUUUUAUUUGUUAUUGUUACUUAGUUGAUCUCUCUAUGAUCCUUUCUCUUUCUGAAUAUGCAGACAUGCAGUUUUGAAAAUUCUGUAGGCAUUAAAAACUGUAAACUGGUGGUUGUUCUUGUAAUAGUAUAUAACCUUGUAUUACAGAAAUAGCUCUUGUUUUUACCUGAAUCCUUCCUAUAAGAUGGAAAUUACAAUGAUGGAGGAAAUAAAGGAGCCAGCAUUUUCUGACUUGAGUGGUUAAUUGAUAAUGAUUCAGAUUCUGUUAAAAUAGAAGACAUCUCUCAUGAUUUAAAUUGCAUUGAAAAGUGAAGUACAGCAGUUAAUUCAAAGAAAAUAAAGUAACUUUAACAACGCCA